AUGCCUCUGGUUAAGAGGAAUAUAGAACCCAAGCAUCUUUGCCGUGGACCGGUCCCAGAUGGUAUAACCAGUGAACUGGAAUGUGUUACCAAUAGCACACUUGCUGCCAUCAUCCGACAGCUGAGUAGUCUAAGUAAAUGUUUUGUUAUUGUGUUUUUUUUGUUUUGUUUUUUUCUCUUGUUUUUGUGUGUGUGUGUGUGUGUGUGUGUGUGUAAUUCGGGAUUAUGGCUGCUUGCUUACAUAUAAAGAAUAAUUUGUAUUUUAACUUCAUGUCCAGUUAGGCUACUAAAUCACUAGUAAAUGUCCUAAACAUAAGUAAUCUGCAUCUCUGUCAAUUUUAAAUUUGUUAAUCAUGAGUUCUGUCCAAAACGUUUUUUUUUUGCUCUCCAGAAGCCAGGUAUGUUUGACCGAUUUUAGAGCUCUUUUGGAGAUAUAAUUUCACUGUCAUCAUCCGGGAGUAAAGAAUAAUUUAAAUCUGGUUUCCUUUUAUUUUUAGCGUGUACUGGUGAAUAUGUAGAAUGUAUUCAAUUAAAAAUAUAUAUAUAUUUUUUUUUAUUUUUAUUUUUAGCACAAUCCAGACAGCAUUUGUCAAAUCCUGUGGAUGACACACAGUUUUUAAUUAGACAUGUGCGAAAAUUCUUUAGAAGCGAUUCGGCCAAAUACAAUUCUUGGUAAUUGUUAAAUGAAUAGAUAACACAUCUUUUUACCUGUGUAUUCUACACAUGAUGUUGAUUAGGAAUAACCAUAUUUAUUUAAUUAUAAGAUGACCCAGAUUAUAUGAAGACCCCUCCUUCUCCCCAAAUUUGGAUGUUGGGGGGGGGGGGGGGGGGGGGGAGGGAAAAGGGCCUGAAUGCAAGACUACCUUAUGGUAUUAAAAAAAAAAAAAAACACAAUAAAACACACACACACACACACACACACACACACACUUUAGAUCUAACUAACAUAAAGGAAUUGGCUGCUAACUACUACAGAUCAUUUCCAUUCUUAGAGAGAUGUCUAUUAAACAGAAGGAGGAUCUAAUUUACUCUUGGCAUUCAUUGAAUCCUGUGUGGAGAUUAUAUGUAUUAUAUCUCCCUGUCUGUAAAACAGACUUUGUAUCUUCAUGUCCACCCCGAACACCUUGUGGAUUCUCCACCGCAGUUCCUCCAGUUUGGACAGGGAGUUGAUGCAGUGGGUCUCCUGUCUGUCCAUAGUCUACGUACUUCGAUCCACAAACAUACAGCACAGAGUGCUCAGACAUGGGCUGUUUCCCCCUUAACUCUCUGCUCAUUGGGGAUUUGAGAUGGCCAUGUUCAUGCAGUUUAUACUUUGAUCUUGUGCUGCCCAAACUGGAUUAGAGGGAGUUGGAGCUCAAACGUGAUGGGCGGAGUUACAGGAGGAUGACAGUGCAUCUGUAAAACUGUGUUCUGUUCGCCAUUCCGAUCACUGUGCGGAGCUGAUCGGAGGUCUGAUUAUAAGACUUUUUCAGAAGAAUUUUUUUUUUUUUUUUUAAAGCAAAUACGGUAAUUUAUUCCAGUAUCAAUUUAACAAGAAUUUUAUUCAGACGAAUGCAAAAUCCAAACUAAUUUUUGCACAUCUUUUUUUUACGUGCACACACAAAUAAUAUAAUAACAAAAUAAACAUAUAAUUGAAGUAGAAAAUGUCAGGCAAGGAUACGGUUUUUGAAGAAAGGGCUUUUAUUUUGAGUACUUUAGACUAGUUGACAUUUUUAUGUGUUUUCUUUCUGACAGGCAAACAUGCUGAAGACAUAUUUGGCGAGUUGUUUAAUGAGGCAAACAAUUUCUACAUCAGAGCGAAUUCUCUUCAAGACAGAAUUGAUCGCCUUGCCGUCAAAGUCACCCAGCUGGAUUCAACAGUGGAAGAGGGUGGGUAACUCCAUGAAAUCAGUGUAUUGGAAGGGAUGCAUUAACAACCACUGUUCUUAAUUACAUGGUAAUAGCUGCUUCUUAGCUGGAGUCCUGUGUUGUCUUCUCCAAGAAGCAGAUCGUGUGGUUGCUAUUUCCAACGUUAAUUGGCAGACAGCAUAUUGUCAUGAACUUUAUCUCAAUCAUUUAUAUGAAAACACACUCCAAAUGACUGGGGAAACGGUAUGUUUUAAACUAAACCCCCACGCGAUAAUGAGAAAAGACUAUUACAUCCUGCGCAGAUUUUUAUUGGAGAUCAGAAGCUAUCAAAAUAAUAUAUAUCAUAAAGCACUGGUUUGAAAUAAAAAUAAAUUCUCCCCAUGAUCAAUGGACGCUAAAACUCUCCACAAAUGUAAUGCUUUCUUUACAAUUUUCGGAUAAAUUUUAGCCAUGGUAAAGUAAAUUAUAAAUAAUGUUUUUUUCACUAUAUCAGGUAUUGUGGAGAAUUGCAUAUUUUAGGCCCAGAUAGCCAAGUUUAGAUUGGCAAUUAUCGGUUUAGUGAAUAAAACUCAAUGUGUUUUCCCUGGUGUAAAGUGCUCAGGCUUUAUAAGUAAUAAAUAACAAAACCUUUUUAUACACAGGAAUAACUUAAAAGAACACCAUAGUCACCUAAAUUACUUUAGCUAAAUAAAGCAGUUUUAGUGUAUAGAUCAUUCCCCUGCAAUUUCACUGCUCAAUUCACUGUCAUUUAGGAGUUAAAUCACUUUGUUUCUGUUUAUGCAGCCCUAGCCACACCUCCCCUGGCUAUGAUUGACAGAGCCUGCAUGAAAAAAAAAAACUGGUUUCACUUUCAAACAGAUGUAGUUUACCUUAAAUAAUUGUAUCUCAAUCUCUAAAUUGAACUUUAAUCACAUACAGGAGGCUCUUGCAGGGUCUAGCAAGCUAUUAACAUAGCAGGGAUAAGAAAAUCUUAAUUAAACAGAACUUGCAAUAAAGAAAGCCUAAAUAGGGCUCUCUUUACAGGAAGUGUUCAUGGAAGGCUGUGCAAGUCACAUGCAGGGAGGUGUGACUAGGGUUCAUAAACAAAGGGAUUUAACUCCUAAAUGGCAGAGGAUUGAGCAGUGAGGCUGCAGGGACAUGUAAUAUACACCAAAACUGCUUCAUUAAGCUAAAGUUGUUCAUGUGACUAAAGCGUCCCUUUAAAGGACUGUUAAAAAAAAAAAAAAAAGAUAAGAAGUAAAGCAGAUCUGCACUGUUUUUCUGUGAUUUGUUGAGUAAUGGGUUUUUAGGGGACUUACCUACUUAUUUUUGUCUGUAAAGAAAGCAGAGUUAAUAUCGGUCUAUUACUCAUGCUUUUUCUUUUUCUCGUGUGAGUAAAGGAAUGAUAGAGGCAAUAGCAGCGAUUGGUUGAGAAAUGCUUUUCAGUUGACAUAUUAGUUACAUGAAGGAGCUGCUUUUGCUGAUAAUGUAGAGAUUGCCCAUUGCUGUUAGACGGGAGACCUAAUUAGCCUUAUGAAGUGGUUACCUAAUAAAUGAUUGGCUAAAGAGUGUGUGAAGAUUGAAAGAAAGCAGGGGAGAAUGAAUAUGUAAUUGUUGGCUGAAAAAACAGUGAGUCCAGAAAGGGAAUGCAAGUAAAGAUAAAGGCAGAAAAAGAUUUGUAAUGAGUGGGUUGAGAGGUGAGGCAUUAGGCAGGGGGAAAAUGAAGAAUGUUAGAAGUAUGGACAAUUACAGCACAAAUGUCUGCAUCAAAGCCAGUGUCUUCUGGGGGACGCCAUUCAGAUGUAGAAGAACAUACCUAAAAAUGUCAUAUUGUACUGUGAAUGUGCCAAACCUGCAUCUUGCCGCCGCCUCCUCUGUUUGGCACGUUUUGUGACGUCAUGUUGGAUGAUGUAUUAGGAGCACCUACGAUGUAUGUAAACUGAAUUUACCAACUGCAUAUAUGCAAAAUCCACAUCCUAAAUAGGCUGAAAAACAGAUUUUGUAAUGGUUGGUAAUGCACAUUCUUCCCAUCUGGUCUUUAUAUGCCAAGCAUGCUAAUUUACUGUUUCUGUCACAUCUAAUGCCACACAGGCUGUUUAAAGCUUAUUCCUCCAUUAUAUCACAGUGUUGGAGAUGCUCCACAAGCCUUAAUUUGGUCCAGAAAUGCUUGCCUAAUCCUCAAUGCAUUUGUCAUGUUUCCAUUGUCACUACUAAGACUGACAAAAGAUUUGGAAACUUAAAGGACCACUAUAGUGCCAGGAAAACAUACUCCCGCCGGGCUCUGGAGAGAGGAAGGGGUUAAAAUAUUACCUUUCUCCAGCGCCGGGCGGGGGGGCUUUCCUCCUCCUCUUCUCCUUCCUAGCGACGUCAUCAGCUGAAUGCGCAUUCAGGAGCCGCGCGCAUUCAGCCAGUUCAUAGGAAAGCCUUUACAAUGCUUUCCUAUGGACGCUGGCGUCUUCUCACUGUGACUUUCGCAGUGAGAAGCACGCAAGCGCCUCUAGCGGCUGUCAAUGAGACAGCCACUAGAGGCUUUAGAGGCUGAAUUAACCCUCAGUGUAAACAUAGCAGUUUCUCUGGAAAAAAAAAAGGGGUUAACUCUAGCAGGACCUGGCACCCAGACCACUUCAUUAAGCUGAAGUGGUCUGGGUGCCUAUAGUGGCCCUUUAAUAGUCCUUAAUUGCCUAUCAACAUCUCAUGGAAGCCUUUUCAAUAGGCUCAGUAGGCCAAGAAUCAAUUUUUAAAUACAUGGCCUUUGGGAUGACUACCAUAACCUCAUACAUGCAUGAGGAACAUGCAAAUCCUUUAUAUCUUUUUGAUUUGACUAACACCCACAUUAACAAUGCUCUCGAAUCUGGUCUUGUCUCCACUCUAGUUUAGUUUAUUUUCUGAAAUUUAAUUUGUCUCCCACGCAAAACAAAAUAGUGUAGGACCCUCUACUAUUUGGUUACUGUGACAUAGUGGUGGACUCAACAUGAUAUUACAAUAUGGUGGAACUGAAUCCCCAUAUGUGUUUAGGAUGAGGUGAUUUUAAGUAGCAUUGCAAAAUUUUAUACUCUAUUUUUGUUUGCGCUUUUCCUUAAUCUGCAUUUUUCUUUGUUUUUACGGUACUCCCUGCCUCUGUGUCCUAAAUUUACCCGCCCCAAUAUUCAGGAGUGUGGCAGUUACAGAUGUUCUACCUUUGAUGGCCCUUUUUCUGCCCUGUGACUCCUUUCCCCACACAUGCCCACCCUGUGAAGGACAAGGGAGUGUUGCAAGAUAAGGGACAUAACGGGCAGCAAAGUAUUGUAGCCAAAUAACUUCUUCUGUGUUACCAUAAAUUAUAUCUUGUAUUGCACAUGGUCAGUGUGUGUGUUGAUGUGGCAGUGCAGGAUUUACAGUCUUUGUACAAAAUCUGAACCUCAAAGGUGUUGCUUGUCAUGGUAAUUAACAACUGACAGAUUAUUAUAUUAUUAUUUAUAUAGCGCCGUCAGAUUCCGUAGCGCUGUACAAAUAUAACGGUAUUUGAUUAACUAGACAAAAGUUCUGUAUCAAGAAACAGAAAUUCUAAUACGUUGAUGAUGUGAAAGGAGAACUGUUCUGCAUUUAAGGUUUGUCAAGAGAAAAAUGUCAUAAUUUAAAAAUGCAGUACUACUAUUAUGAAAACCUCACCCGCAGUAUUCUGUACUGGAAACUUAAAAUAAUUGCUCUCUUUAUUGCCAAGUUUCACUAAAAGAUUACUGCAGUGUGACUGAAGGGGUCGACAGACCUCUGGAGAGGUAUCCUUCAAAUGUUUUAGAUAAUUUCCUUUUUCAAAUAUUAGAUGGUACUGAAUAAAAGUAUUUUAGUAUUUUCUGUAGGUAGGAAAAGAAUCUUUUUUUUUUUAAUUUAUUUUUUAUCAGAAUGUGUAUAGUUUGAUAUUUUACUAUAUUUGUACAUUAAAAAAUAACAACGUGUGUUAUUCUAGACAGAAUGACAUUUCUUUAUCUCAAUUAAUAACACGGAAAUACAGUCUAUAAAGAGUAUCUUACCCACCCACACACCUCAUAGCAGGCAGAUCAUGGUAUUAUGGGAAAAUGCUGUGUUGGAAUUCUGGAGACCGCUCUAAAACAAUUGAACAUUGAUAUUGUGGUUUAUUAAUAAUGUCUGCAGAACUCUAGGAUGGCAUUGUUUUGAAGCUGUACACUUUUCACCGUUGUAUCUCCUCCAAAUUUGUCACAUGCAUAUACAAAAUACUUGUUGGUAGAAUGAAGUAUCCAUUUUUGUUAUGAUUUCCACAUAUAAGUAUGACAGGUGUUCUGAUGGAGUGCUUUGUUUUGAUUAAUUGAUGCAGGAAAAUAAAACGUUUUUAUGCUGUUUUAUAUUUAUAGUUUUCUUUUUUUCUUUUUAUAUGUGCAUGUCGUGUUAUGUAGCACUUUGUGUUUACUUUUUUUUUUUAUUUGUUUAUUUUUAAUUUUUCUUCCAUCAGUUUCAUUGCAAGAUAUAAACAUGAGGAAAGCAUUUAAAAGCUCAACCAUUCAAGAUCAGCAAGUGGUCUCGAAGAGCAGUGUUCCACAUCCUAUCACUGACAUAUACAACACCUGCGAGAAACCCCCUCCUCUGAAUAUUCUUUCACCAUACAGGUUAGUGAAGAAAAGUAUUCAAUGUGUGCAUCGUUAUAGUCUGAUGUAAUAAAUAAUAACAAGGGAGUGUGUACAAAAAUAACUUGCGCUGACCAUAAACCCAAAGGGUGUAAUGUUCAAUUAAUGCUCUGCAACCUUUCAUUGACUUGACAACUUAGACCAGAUGUUAUGGACUGCUGGCAAGGCGUCAAGGGAGAUGUAGUCCACAUCGUCUGGACUGCCAAAGUUGCCCACCCCUGGACUAGAAGACUGUUCAUGGGAUCUUUAAUGCAUGGAAUUAUACUCCUUAAUUCACUGAGUGAAGAUGUGGAAGGGUUCUUGCUAAGUGUUUGUUUAAUUUCAUAAAUUUUAGGCAUGAUGACGAUGAUCAUUAAAAAGCGGUGGAGUUAUUCUUAGAAAAAAUGGCUGCUGUCUUUCCUCUGUCGCUCUAUAAACUUUAUUUUCAUUUCUUGUUUUCUUCCCAGAAAGCCUACUCUUAAGUUAUGGUUUAAAAAAAUUAAGAAAUAGGUAAAUUAAACUAAAAUAUUAUUACUUUAGGGCAAAACUGAAGAUUUUUACAAUUCUUUGCUUUCAGUUCUGCUGUUUUAGUCAGUUUUUCCUGUCAGAAUGUUUGCAAAUUAAAUCCAAUGCGUGUCUAUUUUUGCCGCCUUUUUUUUCCAUUCGGGUUUAAAUUCUGAUUUCAGUUGGAAUUUCCAACAAUUUGCACUUUAGCGAAUAACGCUGACUUGUGCGAUCAGGAAUUUAUACAUUUUAGACCAAAAUAGCUGAAUUAAAAAAAACCUCUCUUUGAGACUUUUUCCAGUUCAGCGAUUGUGGCUCACGACUUUAAAUUUGGGACAAGUUCACUAUUCCUGAUACUUCACACUUCAGUGAAUAAUUAUAUUGUUCUCCAAAGAAACAUGGGAGGUAAAGACUGUUUUUAAUACUUUGAAUAUCGGUUAACUGUAAACAAUGUGGAUAAUAACAUUUACAAACAUGGAAAUUAAAUUUUUUUUUUUUUUUUUUUCUGUGCACACAGAGAUGACAGAAAAGAUGGUUUAAAGUUUUACACGGAUCCUUCUUACUUCUUUGACCUAUGGAAAGAAAAGAUGCUGCAAGACACAGAAGAUAAGAGGAAAGAGAAGAGAAGACAGAAGGUGACAAUUUUACGGCAUGAAAUAUGUCUCCGUAAAGGUCACUCUAAAUUAUUCUGUAUGACCUCCAUCAGCAAAUAUGUAAUAUUGAUCUAAAAAGUACCCAUUUUUAUUAGGUGGAUACUAAAAUUUGUCACAAAAAUCAUAAUGCGUUUAAAAAAAUAAAAUUUUAUAUAUAUAUAUAUAUAUAUAUAUAUAUAUUUUUUAAAGGGCCGCUAUAGUGCCAGGAAAACAAACUCGUUUUACUGGCAGUAUAGUGCCCUGAGGGUGCCCCACUCCCGCCGGGAGGAAGGGGGUUAAACACUCACCUUUCUCCAGUGCUGGGCUCCCUCGGCGCUGGUGACUCUCCUCCUCCUUCGGUCGUCAUAGGCUGAAUGCGCAUGCACGUCAAGAGCCGCGCACGCAUUCAGCCAGUCCCAUAGGAAAGCAUUCUCAAUCCUAUGGACGCUGGCGUCUUCUCACUGUGAAAAUCACAGUGAGAAGCACUUCUAGCGGCUGUCAAAGAGACAGCCACUAGAGGCUGGAUUAACCCAUAUGUAAACACAGCAGUUUCUCUGUUUACAGCAGGCAGGGUUAAUCCUAGAUGGACCUGUCACCUAGACCACUUCAUUCAGCUGAAGUGGUAUGGGUGCCUAUAGUGGUCCUUUAAGCAGUUUGAAGGGACACUCUAAGCACCAUAACCACCAGUAUGCUGUAGUGGUAAUAAUGUUAGGAGUGGCAUCUGACCGUAAUCUAUAAAACUGUUUACAAGUUAUUUACACUUACUGUUUAGUGUUGAGCCCCUCGUGGACCUUCUUGUUUGGGCUGGUAGGUUAAAGCAGAAGUUUACACAUUGGCAUUAUCAUACCAACUUGUGCCAAGUUUACACAGUAUGCACUAGCUUAGCGCUAUCAGUCGACCAUAUCAGCCAAUGCUCACACCUGGUAUACGUUAGUUGCUAUGAUAAAGCAUUAGUUCAUACAUUUGCAAUAUCACACUACGUGUCCAAACCAUUCAUAAACUAUUUGACAGAGUACAAUCAGACCGCAUCAGAGGACUCCUUGAACCAUAACCAUUACAGUGUGUUAUGGUGCUUAGUGUCCUUUUAUCGGGACACUCAGGUAAAAAUCACUUUUAUUAUUAUGCAAAUUAUACUUUAUAUUAAAAUGUACAUUUAACUUUCAUCUUCUUGUAUGGUUUAUAAAUACUAUAAGCAGUUUUUCAUUCUGACUAGCAGCUCCUCUGCUGCUAGUCUUUUUGUCAAGACUUCAACAACCUUCCAUUUCAGUAAGCUGGCUCAUGACCAGUCAGCAUGAAGUAUGAUUCUCAUACUGAAUAAUUACUUUAGUGCAUUUUUUCAAGUACUUUUCUGCACUUCUCGGCUUUGCAGCCCCCCUUCCCUGCUCUAAGUGAAGGAGAACUGAAGAGGCAGGGAAUUGAGGGCCUGCAAUAAUGCUCAAAUGAAUAUGAGAUGGGAGGGGGAAAAAAGUAACAUUUUAGAGCCAAAUCCUUGGAAUGCAAUUACUGUGCAGUUAUAAAAUAGGCGGAUACAUUGUAUACAGACAGAUAAGUAAUUAUAUGCCUGUCUCUCCCCUUCAUCUCCUGCAGGCUGCUUGGCUUCCCCAAUUCAGCUCAGCCACGGCAUCCAGGAAGACAGAUUAAUUUGUUUAAAACAAUCAGAAGUAACAUUAGUAAAUACUGGAUAAUAGAAAAUUAGCAUGCAUGUUUGGGAAAGUUGGUGACUAGCUCCAUAAAGAUCCCUUGCUCUAUUUUCACUCAGCUUGACAUGGAUUCAUUGUAACCCACAGAGGACUCUCAUCACAUUUUAACUCUAUCACUCAUCCUGAUCUUUCUAUUGUUUUACUUCUUGUCAGGAACAAAAACGUGUGGACGGCACAACUCGUGAAGUUAAAAAAGUUAGAAAAGCUAGGAACAGACGUCAGGAAUGGAACAUAAUGGCAUUUGACAAAGAGCUCCGGCCUGACAACAGAUUGUCCCCAAACAUAUACCAAGGAGCCUCGUCCGAGGGAUCUCUCUCUCCUGAUACUAGGUGUGUGAACCAUGCCGCCUUCUGCACUUCUACCACUGGCCAUCAAAAUUUGUUGUUCAGGUUUUGUUGUUUGGCAAACCACACAGUGGCAAGUUGUUGACUUAUUUAGAAAGAUACAUAUAAAAAUUUUGUAUAACAAAAUAAUCUAUUUUUUUCUUUACUUUUUUUUGUAUUGAUUUUAUAUGUUAAUAAUUACUCUUGUACAUGCUUCAGAUAAGAAGACCUCUUAUGAGGAAGUCAUAUGAUAUUUCUGUGAAGUUUUAACUGUUACAAUUUAUUUUCUUUUUUUCACCUUUCACAACACAGAAGUUUGUCUUCGCUAUAUAAUUUCUUGCAGUACUUGUAGAUGGCUCUGUGUUUCUCAAGAAGUCUGGAAAUUGCCUGCCUAAAGGCUAAAUAAGUUAGCAUUUUUAAAUCCUAUACAUUUAAAUGGCCCUAGAGCUUGCUGGAGUGCUUUAUAUAUGAAGAGUGUGUUCUCAUUGUACAAUGAAGAAAAAAGAAUGUGCAGAUAUCAAUAGAAAUUGUGUGGUUUUUUUUUUUAUAUAUAUAUAUAACAAAAGUAAUACCGGCACUCAAGGAUUUUCACCACGAAAAAUCUUCAUUUAUUGCGAAGAAAAAGAAUCGACGUUUCAGCUCCUCACAGGAGCUUUCAUCAGGACUGUGAGGAGCUGAAACGUCGAUUCUUUUUCUUCGCAAUAAAUGAAGAUUUUUCGUGGUGAAAAUCCUUGAGUGCCGGUAUUACUUUUGUUUUAUAUCAUCCAGCUACCAGAGCACCAGGUAUUUUAUAUAUCUUGUUAUGGUUGGAGUGCAGGGGUUAUCUAGAUUUUUAUAUAUAUAUAUAUAUAUAUAUAUAUAUAUCUAUCUCUCUCAACCUUGUUACAUCCACCUGGUUUUCAGACAAACAAUUCUUAUGUCCUGGUUGCUUAGCUCAGUGGAGCUAAACUCAAGAGGCAGAAAAUUGCCCCAAGCACCUGCACACAGAGAAGUGCAUACAGACAGAAAAUACCUGCAAAGACUUCUUGUUGAGCCGCAUUGGGAAAUCUGUAAUUGGACAGUCAUAGAAAGUCUCCGGAAGAAGGGUGGUGCUUGCAAAGGCUGCAGAUAGAGAUCUGCAGCUUUUGUAAGCCAUUUUAGAGUUAAAAAAAUAAUCUUAAUUCAAUGCACACUUGCUUUCAUUGAGGGGAUAUCUACUAAAUAUUUGAUAUUUUUAUUUAUGCCAGAGCAUAAGGAACUCUGCAACAACUAAUCACUGAAGAUAGUUAUCCAGUCAACUAACAUUCACAUUAGUGGGCUAUUUCACCCUAGUCAACCUAGUGUCUCUGCAAUUUUACAUGGGGUCCCAUCAGGCCAAAAUCCCAAUCCUAGUCCACCCAAUGCACAAGCUCACACUAAGCAUUGUGGGAUGCAGACAUUUGGCAUUGUGUGACUAAACUCUAUUUACUGGGCUUGUAAAUGUAUACCUUCAAGGUUAUCAUUUUAAGUGAACAAUUGCUUUGAUUACUUUUUACUGCAUGCUUUUAACUCCUUUCAUUUUGCUUUAGUGCUUACAUAUAGUGCUUGGUGGGUACAGGCUUGUCCUCAUUGACAUUGAAUGAGCAUUCAUAUAGUUGCAAAUAAAAUAAGCACAUUGCUGCAGUUAUAAGCCCGUGCAUGAACAGAGCCCAGGACAUGGGGCUUUCUUGCUGUGCAAUGAGCAGAAAUUAUGGGGUUUGGUGUGUCCCUUUAUUAUUGCGCUCUGUAAAGUGAUAACGUGUUAGGUGCAUUUCAGAUUGAAAACCACAGAGGUAGAUGACAUACAGCAGAAGCGCACUAAGGACCAUAACUAUUUAUUGUAAUAUUUAUGAUGCAAGGAGUCUUUGGGUGCUGUCCUUCUAUUGUUUUUUUUAUUUUUUUUGUUUUGUUUUUUUAAAGGUUUGACUAGAAAGGAGGCUCCAGGUGUACCCAAAGCCCAACCCCUAUGCUGACAUUAACAUUAUCUGUUAAAAGCCGUCUAACAAUGCCCAGGUUAAGCCUGCAAUACACACAGCUUACCAUAGCCUUUCAAGGUUGAACAUCUUUGAAUGGUUAAUGGAGAAGUAACAUUUCCACAUUACCGAAACGGCAACAGAGGGACCUGCUUGUGGGUGUGCAAUGAGAACCCCCUUUUUUUUUUUUUUUUGUCAAAUUCCUUUACAGAAAUGCUCUUAAAAGAACACUAUAACAUUAGGAAUACAAAUAUCUAUUCUUAACACUAUAGAAACGGUGACUAGGGCCCUGUUUCACAGCAAAUAAAUGGUUAAUCAACCAUUUAUUUGCUUACUAUAAUCCAGCGCCAGGCUCCCUUGGCACUGGUGACCUUUCCUCCUCCAUUGACAUCCGCUCCCACGUGGAGCCGAAUGCACGUGCAUUCAAAUCCGCCCAUAGGAAAGCAUUACUCAGUGCUAUUUUUUUAACGCUGGACUACGUGAGGACAUCCAGCAUCAAAUAAGUGUGAUUUACUCCGAGUAAAUCGCGGAAGCGGCCUUUAGGCUGUCAGGGAGACAGCCACUGGAGGCUGAAUUAACCCUGCAGUGUAAACUGCUAUGUUUUCAGCUGCAGGGUUAAAACUAGGUGGACCUGGCACCAUUGAGCUGAAGUGGUCUGGGUGCCUAUAGUGGUCCUUUAAGCAACCCCUGUAAGCACUUCAUUAAGCUGUAGUUGUUAUUGGAUUUAUUUUUGUUUUUAAGAAACCUAAUUAAUACUAAUCUAAUGAGUUCUCUGUGUAUUGUUCCAUUAUGUGUUGAAUAUUAUUGUAGAACACUUUAUACAUUGUUACAUUGUUAAAUUUGAUUAUUUUUUUUUAAAUUGUGUUGCAUUGUAUUGUUUAUAUUGAAUUACUGCUUGAUGAAGAGGUAAUAGUACAGUUUCUUGAUAGAUUUAUCAAUGAGUAUAUAUAUAUAUAUAUAUAUAUAUAAUAUAUAUUUUUGUGUAAUAUAACACUUUCCAAAUACUAGAAAUUAAGUUGGUAACAUUUGUACUUCAUAACUCCCAUAAUACUUUGAAAUCUGUUAGUGCAUACAUCAUACCAGUUGCUGCCAAAAAUAUCUGUAGGUGCUUAUUAGGGACAGGACAUUGUGACUAACCUUUUGUUAUAAAAUGCCAAAUCUUUUAGUUUCAUUGGGAGUUCAUUUUUGAAAAACAAAAUGCCAUAGAGUAUGUUUGUCCGUGUCCAACCUUGGUUCUACAGCACCUGUUGGACUGAAUUUCUCAGAAUUCUCAGAUGAUCACCUAGAAUUCUGGGACAUUAGAGCAGAUGGAGGAACAAGGUUGUAGACAAUGUUCUUCAAGGUACAACAAGAUGUUUUGUAUUUAUGUUUUUAUCCUGUUUAUCACAAUUUGUAUUUAGGUUUCAUAUAGCAACUUUUCUGCUGUGCUUGUGACGUAAUGUAGAAAAAUGCUAUUAACCCUCAAAAUCCAACAUUGGAUCUUGGUUUGUUUAGAAUCUGGAGGAUACAUAUUCCUGCUUAUAUUAUAACAUAUUAUAUUAUCUGUGUAUAAGUCAUUAUAAAAAAUCAUGCUAGCACUUAUUUUAAAAAAUGCUUUAUUUAAAACCAAAAAACACACGUGGAAACUCUGUGAUGUAGACCAUGAUAAUGUUAACUUCUGCACUGCGCGUGUUAACAUUUUGAGAGAGACGUGAUCUGUUUACAGAGCACUUACAAUGCAAAUUAGAACCACGACCUGAAGAAUUGAAGAGAGCAAUGGAGUAGAGUUUGAGUUCAGUCGCACAGGAAUGGGACCAGGCAGGAGACAUGAAAGAGCCACUUCCUGAGGGUCGGUCAUAUAUUUUACUUCACACUGAGUUUACUCUGCUCCUGCCUGCCCUGUGUUACAGUUAGAACAUGUAAAAAUUGCAUGACUAACCGCUAACACAUGUUGCUUGCAUUACUUGCUCAUCGUUCGAUUAGAUUAUUGAAGUGCCUUUCAUAUCGCGACUCCUUCCUACUAAAACUGUUUUUAAUUGCUUAUGGCUUUUGUACCUAAUUUUAUCUCUUUUAUAUGGUAAGAAUUGCUGAAAGUGUUGUAAAGAAACUAUUUUCAUUACAAUGAAUCUCCUAGUGUUUUGCAUGAAUAUUUUAAUCCAGUUCGAAACUGGCUUCCAAGUUAAAAAUCUUUGAUUGGAAAUACAUUGAAAGUGUUGUGUGUACAUUUUCACUAAAGCGAUAUAUUGCUAAGAAUAUAUUGAAAAAUUAUAUUUCUUUCCUUUUUUGCUGCUGUUAAAAUUGGAAAGUCUGAAAGUUGAAUAUUUUUCUCCUUUUAUUCUAUUUAAGGUCACACGUCUCCGAUGCCACGGAUUAUUCCUAUCCGCCAACUCCAAACCACUCCAUUCACCAACAUUCCAUGACUCCUACGUAUGGAGGGUCAGGAGAUUCACAUCACCUCCCCUCCAACCAGAACCAUGAACACGACUACAGGUCCUCAACGGGAACAUUAAGACAUGGUACCCUAAGUAGACCUCAACAGCCACCACCACCACCUCCACCAGCUGCAGAUGGCCAACACCAAGUUCCACUAGUAUCUUCUGAUCCCAGGUGAGUUAUUGUAAUAAUUCUGUGGUUGUCUGCUUAUGUUAUAUAUGGAGAGUUAGAUCAAUUUUAAGGACAAAUGUCCUAAAAGUAUAAAAGUACCUUUGGAAACAAAUGAGAUUUUCCAACGAAAUGCUCGAUAUUAGCAACCUUGUUACAGAAUUACUCUUCAGUAAGAACCAGAAUAAAACUAUACGGGCAUUCUUUGGGUACAUUCCGUUUUCUGGUUGUCUCCGUUAGUGUGCAGGGUAAUGGGGUCACCUACAGUUAGUCACUGGAGUCUGCUGUAAGUGUUUUGAUUUUAUUUGGAAUCCCCUGCAUCAAUCUCAUGCCUAAUAUCAGUUUACAUUUAUGGUGUUGUAGGGUAGGUUAGCUCAGUAUAUAUCUAUCGAUCCUACACACAAAAAAAAACUCUACAUGCUGUAAGUGUCAAUACAUACUUUUAGACGGUAAAAUGGUUUAUUUUGUCUCACGGAGCCCAGCUCCCUUUAUCAGAGUUGUUUUGACUUGUCAUAAAGUGGAGGAGUUUCUUGGCAAUCUAUAACGUAGUACAAUUUAUGCAGGGUUCCUCUUAUAGCAGUACUGUUUCCCAUAAAUUAAAUUAGGGCACAACAUGCUUUUGAGAAUUCUGAGCAUCAAACAUUUGUUUGAGGUUACCUUCUCUGGAUGCAAAUGGAUUCACACUUGGGUUGUGACACAUUUUACAACAGAAUCCCAUCAUCUAAUUCAUUGCAGCUCCAAUCUGGAAGUAUAUAUAACACAAAGCCUUGGAUUCCAGCAGGGAGAGAGCAUUAAUGGGAAGUUAUCCCAAACGAAAUGUCCCUAUGUAAAUAAUGAAAUGUUGCUGUUUUCAGCUGAUUGCCUUUUUAAUACAUAUCACUUUAAACACAUGCCUUUUUCUCCAUUCCUUAUUUUGUUUGCAGUCUAAUGCAGUUAGAUGCAGUGACUGCAGAAGUCAUCAGAAUUCCAAGUGAUAUACUAGAAUUUCUCUGUUAUCACACACAGCUAAUUUAAUGUGCCAUUUCUUUUACUUUGGAAUAGUUGAGAAACCAAACAGAUGAAAUAAAUAGUUAUAGAAACAUAGAAUGUGAUGGCAGAUAAGAACCGUUUGGCACAUCUAUUCUGCCCAAUUGUCUAAAUACUUUUAUUAGUCCCUAGCCUUAUCUUAUAGUUAGGAUAGUCUUAUGCCUAUCCCACGCAUGCUUAAACUCCUUUACUGUGUUAACCUCUACCACUUCAGCUGGAAGGCUAUUCCAUGCAUCCACUACCCUCUCAGUAAAGUAAUACUUCCUGAUAUUAUUUUUAAACCUUUGCCCCUCUAAUUUAAGACUGUCCUCUUGCUUUUCUUCUUUUAAAUAUAGUCUCCACCUUUUACUAUGUUGAUUCCCUUUAUGUAUUUAAACUAAUGUAAACCACAAUUAAUCCACAUUAAAUGUCAGUUGCCACAACUCUGACCAUUUUUCUAGUUUACCUAAAUCAUUUGCCAUUUGGCUUAUCCCUCCUGGAACAUCAACCCUGUUACAUAUCUUAGUAUCAUUAGCAAAAAUACAUACCUUACCAUCAAGACCUUCAGCAAUAUCACUAAUAAAAAUAUUAAAGAGAAUGGGUCCAAGUACAGAUCCCUGAGGUACCCCACUGGUGACCAAGCUUUGAAUAUACUCCAUUGACUACAACCCUCUGUUGCCUGUCACUCAGCCACUGCCUUAUCCAUUCAAAAAUAUUGGAAUCCAAACUUAAAGAUUGCAGUUUGUUGAUAAGCCUUCUAUGUGCAACAGUGUCAAAAGCCUUACUGAAAUCUAGGUAAGCAAUGUCUACUGCACCACCCUGAUCCAUUAUUUAAGUAACCCAAUUAAAAAAAUCAAUAAGAUUAGUUUGGCAUGAUCUCCCUAAAGUAAAACCAAUGUUGUCUCUGAUCCUGAAAUCCAUGUGAUUUUUAGAUGUUCAACAAUCCUAUCCUUUAAUAUGGUUUCCAUUACUUUCCUCACUAUUGAAGUAAGGCUUACUGGCCUACUUUUGCCCGAAUCCUACCUACUACCUGUCUUGUGAAUGGGCACAACAUUCGCUAACUUCCAAUCUUCUGGGACUACUCCUGUUAACAAUGAUUGGUUGAAGGGACACUAUAGUCACCCAGACCACUUCAACUUGGUCUUGGUGCCAGUCCCCCAGGUUUUAACCCGUCAGAUGUAAACAUAGCAGUUUCAGAAAAACUACUAUGCUAACAUUGCAGGGUUAAUCCAGCUUCUAGUGGCUGUCUUCCUGACAGCCGCUAGAGGCGCUUCUGCGACGCUGGAUGCGAAACUGCUUUCCUAUGGGCUGUAAGUUUGUUUUCCUGACACUAUAGUGAUCCUUUAAAUAAAUGUCCAGAUUGCUAAUGUGGAAACUACACAAUCUUUCUAAACUUAAUUGCAUGUAUGACUAUAGUGCUAAAUUGUUACCUUAAAUUAACACACAUUUAUUUUUUUUUCCUUUAAGGAAGGCACAUGCCACACAGAUGGAGUACUACCCUACAGGAUCUCCACCACCUCCUCCAGUUAUUCCUUCUGCUCAGACUGCUUUUGUCAGCCCUCUCCAGCACCCAACACCUGGAUCCCCUGCAGCACAUGUAUCCGGAUCUCAGUAUGUUCCUUCUCCACCUCCUGCUGGGAUUUUUAUGUCCGCCUCUCCUGGGCCUCCCCCUCCACCGCCUGGUCCUCCUGUAUCUGCUUUGUCAAUGUCCUCUUCGCCAAUGCAUUUUUCCAAAGUGUUAGAAGCCAAGCGAAUGGAGAGUGCACAUAUACUUGGCUUGACCAGUGAUGCUCGUAGUGAUCUUCUGUCUGCCAUACGUAUGGGUAAGCAAAAACUAAUGUAAACCACAAACUGCUUGACCAGCUAGAAAAUAUGCAUAUAGAUUCACUGUCACAUGCAAGGGGUUGUUACAAUGACCUUUUAUGUACCACCUAGAGUUGCAAUUUCCAGCUUUGGCUCUACUGCUAUUGGUGAUCUCCAGUUCCCAUAUUUCUGUCAGAAAAUUGUGGGAUAUGCAUUCUAAGCAGGAAUUACAGAAAGGGAUAGAUCCACUAUAUUAAAAAAAAAAAGUCUGUAGAUUUACUCUACAGAAUAGUAAAUGGCUUUAAUGCACAAAACACACACAUACAGAACUAGUGACAUGCAAAACUAACAACUGUUAUUUCACACCUGCUGGUAUGUCUAAAUGUUGCCCUAGAAUGCCCAGUGGACCAUGCCAUAUGAAACAUUAAAAAAGACUGCACGUGCUCAUUAUCUACUCUCCAUUUUGGAGAGGGAUUAGAAACUUUUUUAUUUUUGUGUACCCUGGCACCCUCCUAGAGUAAUUUGACAAACUGUUUUAGAACGCCCAUGGCUCCAGGCCCUGCUUCUGGAUUUUCCAGCAAGGCCAUGCUCAUUGGUUUAGAGUUACAGCUGAACAAUAUGCUCAGUGAAGACAUGCGACAGGAGAAGCCCGACCCAGUACGGGUACCCUGAAGAUCUAGGCAAGUUGUCAAAACAUUCUAAAACAGUUUGGCAAAUUACUCUUGUUCUCCUGGUUGGAAUGUUUGUUUUCUUCCCUAAUCAGUGCUUCUGAUUUAAAGGUUUGUUGCUAUUCUUUUAGAGAAUACUAGUGACACAUAAUAGUCUAACUCCAUUUGCAGAUAUUUAUUUUGUAUUACAAACCUUCUCUCCUACCUGGCAAUUAAUUGCAGGAAGCAUAAGAACAGAGUGCGUCUCCUCUCAUUUCUCACUGUCACUGCUGCAUUAGCAAGGAAAUACAAACGGUUGCACCAAUAUAAAGUCAUAGAAGUCCAUAAUAGCUGGAGUUUGUUCUUAGCUGGUAGCCAUCUAGACUUCAAAUUAUUUCCAUUUAUAAUGCGCCAACAGAUUCCGUAGCGCUUGACAAUAUUAUGAGAGGGGGGAUUUAACUAUAAAUAGGACAAUUACAAGAAAACUUACAGGAAUGAUUGGUUGAAGAGGACCCUGCUCAAACGAGCUUACAGCCUAUAGAAAGUGGGGUGUAAAACACAAUAUGAUGGGAAAAAGCAAUCAAAUAAGGUGGGAGUGAAGCCGAGCUGGGGGAGAGAGUAGAGUGCUGCCUUUUAGGAGAGAGCAAGAGACUGGUAUGUGAGGUAGAGCUUACUCUGGGAGGCCAUAAGCUUUCCUAAAUAGAUGGGUUUUAAAGCACUUCUUAAACGAUUUGAAGACUAGGGGAGAGUCUGAUGGCAGUAGACAGGCUAUUCCAAAGGAAGGGAGCCGCCCGUGGGAAGUCCUGCCAGUGUGAGCUGGCCGUAUGCGUGCGAGCAGCGGACAGGAGUAGUCAUGGGCAGAGCUUAGAGACCGAGAAGGGGCAUAUGGAUCUAUAAAGAGAUAUGGAGGGCUAGAAUUGUUCAGUGCUUUGUAGUUAUGGGUUAGUACUUUGAAUUGACUCCUAUAGGAUACAGGAAGACAUUUUAAAAGAUACAAACAGCAGACAAUAGGGAUCACUGUAAUCAAUAUAGCUAAAAUUCUAAAGAUAAUUAUUGUACUCGCAUAUAGUGGAGCAGUAGAUCCUACUCCGAUGAUAACGCUUUGGUGGUAUGAUCCCCACCAGGAAUAUAACGUUGAGUAGAUCCUUCAAGAGGUAGUUUCCAGAAUAUCCAUAUUAGGUAAGUAUUUUUGCCAGGAGUAAGACAAUUAUAUGGUAUAAGGAGUAGUUAUUUGGUGUUUAAACAGUCACAUGACCUUUAAUUGGAUAAUAUACAAGGUAUGAAAUGAUUUAUAAAAGUUAAAAAUGAUGCACUGGUAUAAUAUAGUGUGCCUCUAUGAGGGAAGGUGUAGAGUAAAAACAAGGUUUUACUCGUUAAUAAAAAUGCCACUAUCGGCUAUUGAAUAGCUAGCUAUCUCAUUAUGUUCGGCUAUAUCAUUCUGUUGCUUGGCAUUGGGGAGACUGGAACCAAUGUUUCCCUGCUCUGUCUACUUUGAGAUGUCAUUAGUGCCAAACUUCAUCCAUGCAAUGAUGUAAAGUGUCUGAGCACUAUACAUGAGCAUAGCAUUACAUAUCCUUAUACAUAACCCUGUUGUAAUGACACUGUGAUGGAUGUAGCCUGAACAACAACUAUGACCUCCAUAUUACAAGGUCAGACCCUCCAUCUUCUAAAACGGUGGUUGUCAGCUGAGAUCUGGUAACAUAACAGUUCAGUGAGGGAUUAUAUGAUAAUACUGAAUAUUAGUCACGGUUUCUGUUUUAAAGUAGACCGCUAGCCCCAAGUCUGCUACCUAAAAUAAGCCUCAAUUUUAAUUUGUUUGAAUCAGACAUUAUUCAAUUCUGUUUGAAAAAACUUUUCAAAUGUUUAACAGAAGUCACUCUUAAAGUUUACGGCGCUUUAUUAGACAAACCGUUUAAUUUGUUUGAAUCAGAAAAGAUUCUAUAAAAAACAAAAACAAAGGGACACUAUAGGCAUUAAAGCAACAUUCUAGCUUAGUGAAGUGGUUUUGAUGUAUAGAUCAGUCCCAUUGCUCAACUCUCUCUCAUUUAGGAGUUAAAUCAAAGCCCUAGUCACACUUCCAUGCAUGCGACUUGUAUAGCCUUUCUAAACAAUAACCUAGAUAUUUUACGUUCCUAUAUUACCUGUCUGUUUAAUCUAGAAUUUCUUAUAUCCUGCCCUGUUACUAGCCUCCUAGACCCUGCAGGAGCCACUUGUGUGUGAUUAAAGUUCAAUUUACAGAGCAGAACAUAAAAACUUUUAAAGCAACUAAACCUCUGAAAAUGAAACCAUUUUGUGUGAGUCACAGACAGGGGAGGUGCGGCAACGGCUGCAUAAACCGAAACAAAUGUGGUUUAACUCCUUAAUGGCAAAGAAAUUAGACGUAACACUGAAGGGGUAUAAUCUGUACACUAAAACCGCGUCAUUAAAUACUGCAAUUCCCUUUUCAGUGGUCUUCCGUGUUCCCAGAUUGCACCGGUGCAAUCUAUAAUGAAUGCGGCGGCAAGGCUCAUUUUCCUGUCAUUUUCCUGUCCACCCGCACCUCCCCCGUCUCCCCCUUUGUCAGUCCCUAUAUUGCCUUGCAUUUCGAUAUAGUGCUCAAUUGAAGAUUUUGGUGCUUGCUUACAAGUCCCUACAUAAUACUGCUCCAACCUACCUAUCCUCCCUAAUACAUAAGUAUGUCCUGUUGAGGCCCCUGCGCUCUACAAAGACCUACGCCUAUCCUCUGUCUGUACUCCCACCUCUAACGCUCGCCUCCAAGACUUCUCCAGGGCUGCACCUCUUCUGCGGAACUCCCUUCCCUUCUCCGUUAGACUUUCACCCAGUCUCCACUCCUUCAAAAAAAUCUUUGACAACACACUUCUUUAGGAAAGCAUAUCAUAUAAACUGUUAGUGGGUUUUCAUAACCCCUCACUCCCCCCCAUGACUCAUUUCCUGCAACUGUCAAAAAUAACCUUAUAACCUAAUACGUUCUCGGUGAAUACUUUCUAGCAACUUCUUUCAUUACCCCUACUUAUACCAUUUGUGUCACUAUACCCCACUCCAUGUAGCAUGUAAACUCAUUGAGGGCCCUCAACCCCUCUGUUCCUGUGCGUCCAUUUGUCUGGUUACAAUUACGUGUCUGUUACACCCAUUGUACAGAGCUAUGGAAUUUGCUGGCGCUCUAUAAAUACUAAAAUAAAUAAAAUAAUUAUUACGCUAAAGUUGUAUAAAUGCCUAUAGUAUACCUUUAAAUCGAGGCAUAAUUAUCAUUUAUAUGUUUCAGAAAAUAAUGCUAAUGUUAUUACUUUUUUUAAUGGUAAAAAUCUGUGUUGAUCAAAAUUCAAAUGUUUACUCAGAAUAUUUUGUAUUUAACAGGAAUUCAGUUGAAAAAAGUGCAAGAGCAGCGUGAGCAAGAAGCGAAGCGUGAGCCUGUCGGAAAUGACGUUGCCACCAUUUUGUCCAGACGCAUAGCGGUCGAGUACAGCGACUCUGAGGAUGAUUCAGAGUUUGAUGAAAAUGACUGGUCUGACUAA